UCUAGUCAUUCGAAGUCAGAGGCUGGAUCAGUUUACGAAAAUAAAGCAAUAUGCCCCCUUUUGGAGGAAAGUGCCAGCUCAACUACACGCGGGAGCGCAUGUGGGAACCGGGCUACCUUAAGGCCAAGUGUGCAGAGUUGCACUUGGAGGACGAGUUCCGAUUGUAUCGGAUACGCCUUUGGAAAAGUUAUUUAUGCGUAUUCUUCAUGCUGCAUAUUUUUGUCACUUUUUUGCACUGUCUCCUGCUAUUAACUACCGUUGAGAGCCAAAAGAUGUUAUUUGAUAUAUCACUUUAUAUUGGAUGUUGCGUGAUUCUUAUAGUAGCAUUGAGUGUCAACUUCUGCGAUGGCUUCAUUGCAAACAACACAUGGUAUAUGUAUGCGAGUUCGAUGUUUGCAUCCCUGAUUUUGGUAUUCGCGGACCUCACGGAAUCUAUUUACCACAGUUUCGCCCACAAUUGGCAACUGGGUACUUUCUACGACACCUACAUAAUAUACAUGAUAUACAUGUUCCUGCCGAUCCACUUUAUAAGUGGAGCGGUUCUACUGGCCCUCCUGGUAUCCGCCCUGUAUAUAAUAUACUAUAUUCAAUUUCUUGCCAAUGGCUUUCCCCAAUUCGUGGCCGAACUGUUCUCAGUCGGCGGUAUGUCCGUGGACAUCCUGCACUACCUAUGCAUCAACCUGGUGGGCAUAUUCUAUCGCGUGAUGAACGACACGGUGGUGCGCUCCUCGUUCCUGGACCGCCACCAGUUCAUCAAGGAGGAGCUCUGGCUGCGCAACGCCCGGCUCCAGGAGAAGCAGCUGCUGGACAGCAUCCUGCCGCCCCAGAUCUCGCAGCCCCUGCAGAAGGACAUUCAGAACAGGAUUGUCCUGGCUAAACAGGGCGCUGGCAUUCGCUUGUUUAGUGCCUUGGAACGCACCAUGGCCAUCCAGAUCCACCCCGAUGUCAGCAUCCUCUACGCCGACGUGGUGAACUACACCCACCUGACCACCACACUCACGGUGGAGAAGUUGGUAAAGGUGCUCCACGACCUCUAUGGUCGGUUCGACAUGGCUGCCUUCCGCUUCAAAGUGCAGCGCAUCAAGUUCCUGGGCGACUGCUACUACUGUGUGGCGGGCUUGUCGGACCCCGAUCCCGAUCACGCGGACAACUGUGUGGCCCUGGGCCUCGCCAUGAUCUCCAUCAUCCAGGAAGUGCGUGACGUUCAAGGCUUGGACAUAAAUAUGCGCAUUGGGGUUCAUUCGGGGUUUCUGUUCGCAGGGGUCAUUGGCGAGGCCAAGCUGCAGUUUGAUAUAUGGGGAGUGGACGUCACCAUUGCCAAUGUCUUGGAGUCCACUGGAGUGGCCGGUUUUGUGCACAUCAGUGGUGCCACCCUGAACAAUCUGAGCGACCAACGCUACGUUAUUGGCGAAGGACCUGAAAGUGCAAGAAACCAUCCGUUUCUGACAAAUUACCAUAUAAUUACAUUCAUAGUUCGGGAAGUAUUGUCGGAUAAUGAGGAGGACAAUGAUGAGUUAAUUGGUGAAUUGCACACUGUCUCCCUCGUUAAAUUAGCAUCAAUACAAAGACUAAGUGAUAAUACCGAUGAAGGCUUAAAAGCUAGGUUCAGUGAAGAGUUGCACGAAGAAUUUCGCAAAAUGCCGGUCAGUCCGUUUAAUCAGAAAACAUUUUACGGGAUGUAUCGGCAGAAAGAUGGUGCGACGCUCCCAUUGUAUCACCAGUUAAACAUUUGUCUGACCUUCUACGACAACUCCCUGGAGAAGGCCUACCUCACACAAGUCGACUAUAUGUUCAAGUACAGCAUGCUGCUGGCCUGGUGCGUUGGAUGUGCCCUGUUGUACAUUGAACUGAUGGACACCAAAAUGAUAUGCACCUCUUGCAUCAUUUUGCCCGCCAUUGUGUCCACAUUGGAGACCAUUCUGACCUUCAUCGCGUGGUACAAGAAGCUUUGCUGGGCAAGGUAUGGGAAAUACGGCCUGCCCCACAACUACAGUCGAGUCAGCUGCAUUAUAUUUCGCAUCCACGAGAAAAUCAUAGCCAGUCUGAGCAUCCGAAUCGUCAUAUACCUCUUCCUGGUGAUAUCCAGUUUCUGCGUGGUGUGUAUUAUUAUGAUGACCUGCGAUCCCGGAGAGUUUGAAUUGAUGUAUAUCGAGGAACGACUCUUUCACUACGAACAGGAAAGAAAGAUAUGUUUUCAUCCCUGGGUUGCGACCAACAUGGUCUCUCUAAUGAUCUGCCUGACAUUAAGCUUCGGCCACAUUCCGUUCUUGGUGAAAACAGCAAUGGCCUUUUUGGAGACCAUUGCCUACUUGAUGAUCAUCUUCUUCCAUUUUGAGUUUGUAUUCCACCACAGCGUGACCACGAACCCCAAUUUUAAGGCAGAGUACGCACAUGCUCUGCUGAUAUGUGUCACCCUGAUAAUAAUGUUUGCCAAGGAGCGCCAAAUUGAGUUCACCAACAAAGUAAACUUCAACUGGCGAGUUGAGUUGAGGAAAAAGGAGAGAGACGCUAAUAUCACCAAUCACUCCAUCAUAAUUAUCCUGAACAACAUUCUUCCUAGUCAUAUAGUGGAUGUCUACCUCAAUUCAUUAGCCAAGCACGAACUCUAUUAUGAAAAUUAUCAAAUGGUUUCCGUCAUGUUCGCCAUGUUAUUGAAUUUUGAAAUAGAUCUUCGAAGCUUGCGAGUACUAAACGAGAUUAUUGCCGAAUUCGAUGUUCUGUUGCUGUUCUACAAGGAAUAUUAUUCGGUUGAGAAAAUCAAAAUCGUCGGAUGCACAUAUAUGGCGGCUUGUGGACUGGACCUGAACUUUGCGGGUUCCACUAGUAAAACAGAGAAAUCCGACACAGAACGAGACAGCACCGGAAAGAAUCCACGAAAACUGUCCUUCGGGCAUGACAAAAACGAUCUCGAUGAGGUGGUCUUUGUGAUGACCUCAUUUGCCCUGGACAUGAUGCGCACCCUGGCCAAAUGCAAUCGCUCCUACCAGUGUAUUAAGGCAGAUCGGACUAUUAUGGAUGGAACAAUCGCCAUCGGCAUUUCCAGCGGCGAGGUGAUGGCGGGAAUAGUGGGCGCCUCGCAGCCGCACUACGACAUCUGGGGCAAUCCGGUCAACAUGGCAUCUCGGAUGGAGACGACGGGUCUGCCGGGCAACAUCCAGGUGACGGAGGAGUCCGCCAAAAUCCUCCAGGACUUUGGCAUACUCUGCGAAUAUCGGGGAUUGACUUUCGUGAAAGGGCGUGGUGAAAUACCGACCUAUUUAGUGGGAAUCGAUGAAGACCUCAACUUCAUCAAUACAGAACGAAAACGAGCUCCAAGUCACGUGGAACGCAGUACGGUUAUAUCGUUGCAAUCCACCUAUUCUCAGCCAGAUGCUUCGGAUAAUCGCAGUGAUAUGAGUAGCUAUUCUUAA